AUGUGUAAAGCCUUGUCUGGUGAGGAUAAGGAAGAGAAUCAGAACCUCAAGUUUGAAGAAAUGGUUACCAAAAUGAAGAAUAAAUAUCACAAAAAGAAACAUAAAUGUUCAACCUGUGAAAAGUCCUUUCCUUCCAGAGCACACCUAAAGGAACAUGAAGUCAGCCAUUCCAGUGUGCAGCAGUUCCAGUGCUCAGUGUGUGGGCAAGGCUUUAAGAGGAAGAAUGCCUUGAGCAAACACAUGCGAAUUUUUCAUCCCAAUGGGCCUCAUAAUGUUGUUUGUUCUUGUGGCAAAGUUUUUGCUUCCAGGGACUUGAUGGAGAAACACAAAGAGAACAGUGGACAGCAUCGGUUGCUGGUGUGUGGUGAGUGUGGGAUACUGUAUAAAACUCAGGCUAGUUUGGACAGCCACCUUUUGCUUCACAGGGAGAGUCAGACAAGUGAAGGUAUUGCUUGGCCUUACACUUGUCACACCUGCCAGGAGAAGUUCAGUAGCCGGGCUUCUCUCAGCAACCACACCAAGGAAUUCCACAGCAUCAGUGUCUUCCAGUGCCCAGAGUGCAGCAAGACCUGCAAGACUCUGAAGCUCCUCCACCUGCAUCGUGUGCGAAAACACACAGCAGGCGAUCAGCAGUUCCUGUGUCCCCUGUGCAGCAAAACAUUCCACAUCCUGAAAGAUCUCCGGCGCCACAUGCAGACCCAUAACCCAGCAGGAGCACGUGAGUGUCCUGUGUGUCACUCAAAGUUCAAAACGGACUCAACUCUGCGUACACACAUGAAGUCACACUCCAAGGGGAAGCCGUAUGACUGUAGCAUUUGUCUCUUCCCAUUCUGUUCCGUGGAGGCACUCACAGCCCAUCUACAGAGUUACCACAGUAUUGAGGAUGUCGGGAGUGAUUUCAGUGAGACAUGGAAUUCCAAGUGUCUUGUGUGUGGGCAGGUGUUUCUGAGACGCUCAGCCCUGGCUCAACACAUGCGGUCACACUUUGACUCUCAGGGCACACAGCUUGUGGUUCUGGAAGACACUGCUAUCGACAUUACUAGAAACACUCUAGUGAGGGAGGAGCAAAAUGAAGCAACUCAGUCACUGGUGCAGACAAGGCAAAUUACGGUGAACAAAGGAGUUGUUCCAAGCCACCAGAAGCCAACACAAACUGAAGUGGAGUCAACAAAAUCAAAGAGAGAAAGCUCCCUUGAAGGAUACAGAGUGACUGACAGUAAACAUGUGCCAGUCACUGCAGAACAAAGUAUCUCUGCCAAUGAUGAACUUUAUGAAUCAAACAGUGGUAAAAGGACUAUCAUAAAAGGCCAAAACAAGGAAGACAGACUCUCUCCCUAUCCUGUCAAGGAUACUGCAUGGCAAGAGAGAAGCAUCCAGACACUGGAAAACUCCACUGAGGUAGUUGUUGAAGGGCUGGCAGCCUCAAACAGCAGUGCAGCUGAUGGUGAGGAGACACGGUACAUCUGUGAGGCGUGUUCCCUGGUGUUAACGGACAUGGAGCAGCUUAAGGUUCACCUCCUGACCUGCUACAAGGAAGACUCAAGUGAUGAGUGUUUUGUUGUCUUUGAGGUCGAUGACAACAAGAUUCAGGAUAAAUGAUCUACAUUACAGUGGAAAUGUAGAAAUAACUUCAGCAUGGACUUUUAAAGAUUGUAUUUAAAGUUUUCCUGUUUGUGUACAAAUAUGGUGUACAGAGUUGUUAUAUACCAUUAGUUUUUUGUAAGAAAAUAAAAAAAAAUCCAUAAAAUAAAUUUUGUCAGGAC